AUGUUUGUUUGUGGCCUCCUUGGGUGGCGAGCUAUGAUUGUUGGAAUCUCGCUGUUUCAUCUCUACCCGGCCACUUCAGCUUCGUCUCUGAACCCGCCUAUUGGACAGAAGCCGCUCUUUGCCACAGUGAACGAAGUGCAUGGCUACAAUUACAGUAUUGGCUUCAGCUUGCAAAGUUCCUUCGGAGCAGCUGCUGCAAUCAUCGACAGGUUUGAUGGCCAAAUAGCGACAGUCGCUCGGGUAUUCCAUGGAGGGGCUGAGUAUGAGCGGGUAAUGACAAGACUGUCCUUGGAAACUUCGCGGCAUAUUGCACCUCCGUACGAUGAUGAUGGGCAGUUCUGGGCAGACCAACCCAGAAAAGCGGUGCGCGAAGCUCUCAAGGCAGCGCAACUCCCUGCUUCGUAUGAAGUUCUUAUUCUAGCCCAAGUUAUUCAGCGCCUCUCGUCCGAGAUAGAAUCUACGUUGGGUAUCGAAAUUCAAGAGGCCGUCUUUGCAGCGUCGCAUUUAGUUGCACUGUACCAAGACGAUAUUCAAGAUGCGGCUGCUUAUUCUGGCAUCAAGUAUGUAAUUCCCAAAGGCCUUCAUGAUCCAUUUGUUUGGGAAACGGCAGCAGCCUACGCUGGGCACGGCUUUGGCCUCUGCAAGCACUGGCAGGACGACGACGCAUGCGCGGACGAAGGGAAACAAAUGCCAAGCGAGACUAUCCUUGCAGUGCACUAUAGUCGAACCGCUUUGACGGUGUCUCUAACUGUAAUUUCGCAAGCACUCUGGGCAUGGGAGCCAGAUUACAGAAGGGUUGAAAAUUUUACGCUCGGAAGUGACUCCAUCAAGAGCUAUCCAAAUCGAGAAGACUACUGGACUGACGUAAAAGAUACGAUCCUCAGUAUCAACACUCAAUUUCCGCUUUUUCCAAAGCCCGGCAAGGUUUUGGUCACAGGUGACCUUGACGGUGGCGACUUCAUCGAUUUCUUGCGGUCUACAAUGGAAGAAUAUCUUGGCACUGCCCCGCAUUUUCUGACCAACGACACUACUACGGCCGCGGCGAAGGGUGCAGCGCAGUUCAUGAGAAGGGGACCGGCCGCAUGGUCACCUUAG